AUGAAUAAUCUUGUUCACUUACCCUUGGUCUACAGCUCAUUUGCAGAAAUGGAAGAGGCUAGCCAUUCUCGACCUGCCGACUAUAUCAUCGUCGGCGGCGGCACGGCAGCUCUAGUCGUUGCCUGUCGGCUCUCAGAGAACCCCAAUACGCGCAUCAUUGUCCUGGAGCGGGGCAAAGAUGAAUCUAAGGAUGCUCGCGUCAAGGAUCCCCUGGCGUACGAGUCUCUUACGGGCAGUGAGAUGGAUUGGAACCUCAGGAUGGCCCCUCAGGCCGGACUGAACAAUCGCAAAUUCCACCAAUCUGCGGGAAAGGCCGUGGGCGGAUCAUCCAUGAUCAAUGGUUGCAUCUUCCUUCCCCCGGCUGCAGCGGGACUCGAUGCCUGGAGUUCGCUGGGGAAUCCCGGCUGGAACUGGGAAACGCUGGCGCCCUAUUUCCACAAGGCAUAUACCCUGCAUUCAAGGAGCGGGGAAGCACAGGCCGGUCCCAUCCAAGUGAGCUACCCGGUGUCUACAGAGAAGGCCGACACCACUCUGCUAGAUGCUUGGAAGCAAGCAUUCGAGGAGAAUGGCUAUCAUUACGCCGGCGAUUUCGUUCCUGAAGGGACAACCAUAGGCACACGGCCAUAUACGGCGACGAUCGACCCGCGGUCAGGAGAUCGGAGCAGUGCAGCCAGCGGAUACGGCGCUAUACUUGCUUCUCGCGCCAAUGUGGAAAUUAUCACGGGCGCAAACGUGACUCGGAUCCGGUUCGACUCUGCUGGAAAUCGAACUGCAACUGGAGUGGAGGUGCAAACUGAAGCCCAGGGGACCGUCAUCUUCAAACCCACCAAGGAGGUCAUCAUGGCCGCGGGGGUGCUCAACAAUCCCAAGAUCCUCGAAUUGUCUGGGAUCGGGGACACAGAUCGACUCCAGGAGCUCGGCAUUCCGCCACUCGUCCAUCUGCCCGGGGUGGGAGAGAAUCUGUCUAACCAUGCCAUCAGUAUUCUGACCGCCCCUUUGAGGGACCACCCGGACCUCAAGGGCAUUGCACCCGGCAUGAAAGCAAACGCCUUCAUCCGCCUAGGUCCCCCAGACAUACACGGGAUUCUCGCUGGCUCCCGCGAGGGCAACGAUUACCCUGCCAUUUCAGGGAUCCUGGAUAACCCGAACGAGGCGUCCGCAUGCAUUCACUUUGCCGUCUACCCCGGCGAUGUAGCCGUCGUGGGCGUCUUUCCAUCCUAUCCCUUCUCGCGGGGCAGCUCCCAUAUCCAGUCGGCGGACCCGGCCGACAACCCCAGGAUUGAUCCAAAGUUCCUGACCAGCCCCUCAGACCUCACUUCGAUGGUUCGACACGUCCAGCACUUGCAAGGGAUCCUUCGUUCCACCCACCUCCAGCCCUUCGUCGACGUGCCGCCGCCCAACGACAUAGAAACGCUCACCCAAAUGGUGCGCGAGUCGAUGGCGAUCCCGACUGCCCAUCCAUGCGGUACGGCUGCUAUGCUUCCCCGCGAGAAAGGUGGUGUGGUCGGACCAGAUCUGAAGGUCUAUGGCGUGAGUAAUGUCCGGGUGGUAGACGCAAGCAUAUUCCCCCUCGUUCCGCAGGCGAAUCCCAUCUCCACCGUGUAUGCAGUGGCUGAACGGGCCGCAGACUUGAUACGAGCGUCUUGA